AUGGCUGCACUACAACCACUAAAAAGUAAUUCAGGCUUAAUUAUCAAUAGAAUAAGCAUCAUAAUCCCUUGUAUCCUCCAGGUUCUGACAUUGUUCACGCUGGUGGCUGCGUGCCAGGCCGUCUUCCCGAUCCACCACCACCACCACCACCCGGCCAUCUCGCAUCAGGAGGUGCAGAAACACGACGGACCUCACCACCCCGUGCCCAUUCACCACCAGCCCAUCAUCCCGUACCCCAUCCACCACCACGUACCUCUGCUGCAUCACCACGUGCCCCACCAUAUCCCUAUUCACCAUGUGCCGCACCAUGAUUAUCAUGCGUUCCCUGAGUACAAAUUCGCCUACUCCGUCCACGACCACCACACCGGCGACGUCAAGUCCCAGCACGAACUCCGCCACGGAGACAUCGUAAAGGGCGGAUACGAGCUCGUGGAGCCCGACGGCAGGUACAGGAAGGUGGAAUACAAGGCCGAUGACCACACCGGAUUCAACGCCAUCGUCCAUCAUUCUUCGCCUCAUCAUCAUGUUCAUCUCGCCCACCACCACUACUGAUCAUCAGAAGACGGCCACACCCGAGAGCUGCCCUCACAAGACUGACAAGUUACCCGAUGUACUGAUUACUGUAGAAUUCUAUUUGAAGCAAAUUAAAUUGAUUAGCGCUAAUUUUUUUACGAAAUAAUGGCUUUUAAUUAUACCUAACAAACA